AUGUCGAGUAUGAUCCCCGGAUCCGCCAUGCUGGGUGGACAAUCCGGCCCUGCCUUGGGCCCGACCUUUAUCGGCUACAUAGGGAGCACGAUGGAUGCCCUCAUACUAUUCGAAGCGUGUCUCUGCGGCCGGUUCUCGCAUGUGCCAAGACGACCACACGAUCGAGAACGCCCCGACCUGAUCGUCAGCGGCAAUGUGUUUAUCUAUGAAGAGCACUCAUCUGGAAUCAAACGUUGGACGGAUGGUGUUCCCUGGAGCCCGAGUCGGAUUCUCGGCAAUUUCUUGUUGUAUCGCGAACUAGACAAACCUUUCCAGCCGGGCGAGAAGAAGAGGGCUAUGAAACGCCAGCGGCCGUGUGAUGGAUCGAUAUCCAAGCCGACACCCAACUCGAGGACUGUCGCAACUGCCAGUUACACCAAUUUCAUGGCGGGUGCAGUCUCGAUGGCAGACUUGGGGAGCUCGGUGAAUACCCGAAAUGACGCAGAGAGAGCUCUCGUCGGAUCCCUCGUUGACUCGUAUCAAUUCAAGCAAGAAGGCCUGAUAAAGAAGACGAUCAGCGUCUCCCACCGCGGCGUCCAGCAUCACCUAGUAUCCUAUUACACCAUCAAAGACGUUUUAUCGGGCAAACUGACGACGCCAACCGAAGCCCCCUCACUCCUUGGCAUUACCCCCCGGCCGACCCUGAUAUCUUCGGGAAACUUCAGAGCCCCCGUCGACGACCACGAGUAUGUCCUACCCGAUCAGAGCCGAGGGCCCGCCACUGCCACUCCACCGUAUGGAACCUACACCUUUGGCGACGGACGAAUGCCGUCGAGCUUGAUACCUUCGGGCAAUUUCAGAGCCCCCGUCGACGACCACGAGUAUCUUUUGGCCGACCAUCCGGGCCGAGGACCCACCUCUACCACUCCACCGUACGGAACCUACAGCUUUGGCGAUGGGCGGAUGCCGUCGACGCCCGCUCCGAACAGCUACGCUCCAGCUAAUUACGCCAACCCCUAUAUUCCCCCGUCGUCUUACAACAUGAGCCAUGGGCCCCCACCUAUUUCGUAUGCACCGGUUACGACAUCGUAUAAUUAUGACCAGACUAUAGCGUCUUACGGGAUGGCUCCACGGUCUCCCGUCAGCUAUAACCCUCCGCCGUCUGCAUCGACUCAACAUCCUACAAACUUUACCAGGGACUCGUUCGACGGCCUGUGUCCGUGGUACUACCUCUGGACCCGGGACAACACGACGACGCUCACGGCGCGCUGCCAGACCGGGCGCGCGGCGCCGGGCGCAAACCUGACCGCGGACGACUACCACGCGAGCAAGUUGGUCCUCGGCGACUGCAUCACCAACGAGGAUGGGACCCUAGUGUCUUCUGAGAGCGGUCCGCGGGACCCAGGCCCCUUCUCGCUGCAGUGCCCGGGCUGCGGCCUUGUCGCCGUGGCGUCGACCGCCGACAGCGAGAACGGCGUCCAGCUCGUGUGCCAGUGCAUAAAGAAGGACCAGGAGACGGUUCAACUGACCAGUAUACUCCUUCGAAACGUUCUCCACGUCCGCGACGGCACUCUGACGUGCGCGGGGCGCGACGGGUCGGAGCUCACGCCGCAGGAGGAGGCGGCGAACCCGCUGCCCGUCGUGACGGUGGCGCGCGAGCGGACGGUGACGGCCAACGCCACGGCCACGGUGCGCUCCGCCGUCACCGUCACCACCACCACCACCGAGACCACCACCGUGACGCCGCACCACCUCUUCACCGUCACCUCGUCCGCCGAGCCCGGCGUGAUCAGCGCCGGGCUCCGCACCACCACCGUCGUCUGGGGGUCCUUCACCACCGUAACCCCCGGCGCGCACGGACACCACCACCACCAUCACGCGACCUCGACGGCGCCGGUCGGCGAUGAUGAGGGUGACUCGGACUCGGACUCAAACGGCGAUGAUAAUGACGAGGGCGGGGACGGGGACGAAGGUCAGGGCGAGGACGGAGGUGGAGGCGCAGGCGCCGAGGAAGCAAACGACGAGCCCAUCCGCACGCACACCUCAGCGCGGCUACGGUUCUGGCGCCAGAACGCCUCCGCCCCGGCGACGCCGGCUGCGCGCUGA